AUGACUCAAAUUCAACAAGAUGACGAGUUAUUGCUUCAAAGAGUCUUAGAAGGGUUGAAUGCUAAACAAAAACAGGCAGUUGUUGCUCCGUCUGUGGAAAGGUUGCAAAUUAUCGCAGGUCCUGGUACAGGUAAAACUAAAGUAUUAAUAUCAAGAGUUGCAUAUCUAUUGAUCAAGGAAAAGUUAUCUCCACAAUGUAUAAUUGUAACUACGUUUACUAAAAAAGCUGCCAAUGAGAUGAUUGAGAGGUUGGGGGAGCUACUCAAGGAUACACCAAUCAAAGUAGAUAAAAUAUUGAUUGGUACGUUUCACAGUAUUUGCUACCGAAUAAUUAAGAUAUACGGUAAGAAAAUAGCAAUUAGCGAUUACAAUAUUGCAGAUGAACGGGAUUCGAAACAGAUAUUGGAAGAAAUGAUUAUGAAGUUAUCAGAAACGGACUUGAAGUAUAUUUCGGAGCUACCAGAUAGACAGACUGAAAUAUUCAAAUCGAAUAAGGAGGAUGAUAAAUAUCAUGGGUGGGACCCAAAGAAAAUCAGAAGACAGAUCUCGAAACUAAAGUCAUCGGGAAUUCAGCCAGAUGCUUAUGAACAACGCAGCGACUGUAAUCAAUUCUUAGGUUUGCUAUAUAAGAGGUACCAGAAACACCUACAAGCGAACUCAUUGCUAGAUUUUGAUGAUUGUUUGAUUUGCUGCCAUCAGUUGAUAACUACAUAUCCAGUACUAAACUUUGUGGAGCACGUAUUGGUUGACGAGUUUCAAGAUACGAACGAGAUUCAAUUACAAUUAAUGUAUGAAUUUGCCAAAGGGCACCCUACGAAUCCUAGAUUGCAAAAUAAUAUCACUAUUGUGGGGGACCCAGACCAAAGUAUCUAUGCAUUCAGAGAUGCGCAAGCCAUAAAUUUUAAGAAGAUGAAGGAGCAUUAUAAAAAGAUAUAUCAAGAUAAUUCCAUUAACGUCAUCACUUUGGAGGAGAAUUAUAGAUCCACUUCAGAUAUUUUGAACUUUUCAGAAAAGAUUAUGAGGCAACAAGAUGAUCGUCUUUCUAAAACCCUCAAGUCACAAAUGGUAUCUUCGUUUCGACCAGUUUAUUCUAAUUUGAAAUCUCCUGAGCAAGAAGCUCGUUGGAUUUCAUACCAAAUUGAACAUUUGAUGGCCUUACCAAAUUCAAUUUUUAAAUAUAAAGAUAUUUCUGUGUUAGUAAGGUCCGCAUAUCAAACAAGAACCAUUGAAAAUGAAUUCGUCAGAAAGAGAAUACCUUAUGUGAUGGUUAGAGGAACUGCAUUCUGGAACAGAAAGGAAGUAGUAGCCAUACUAGACUACUUGCGUGUUAUUGCUAGUGAUAAUGAUCGUAUUGCAUAUUUAAGGACAGUUAACUUUCCAAAAAGAGGGAUAGGAGAAAAGACUUUAGCCUCAAUAAGUGCAGAAUUAGAAAUGGAAGCAAUAAAACCAGAUAUCUAUAAAAGACAGGUCUAUUCUGUGUUACAGGAUAUCUCAAAUGUAAAUACCUCUGUCAAAUUGACCUCUAAAAAUCAGAGUAGCCUUAAAAAAUACUUAGGCUUCAUUGCAGAUAUGCGUGAUAUUCUUGAAGAUGUGAAUAAAAUUAGUUAUGAGGAACAGGUUGGUUCUGAUUCAACGAUUGAGAAGAGAAACACGUUGCUCAGUAAGCUUUUUGAGCUUGUUUAUGUAAAAUCGGGGCUUCAGAAAGAGUUUCAAAAUGAUCCAAAUCACGAACUCAAUAUUAUGGAAGUGCAAACACAGCUUUGUGAAUUUACACCCAAAGAUGAAGAAUUACCUUUGUACUUGGGGGGAUCAGAAUCUGAUAUUACAGAGGAUAAACGGAACUUUUUAGAAAAGUUCAUUCAAUCUAUUGGUUUAUACGAAACUGAUUCAACUAAUGAAAAAGAAAAAGAGAAAGAAAUUGCUUUGAGGUUCCCUGGUAGGAUAGACAAAGGUAAGGUUGCUUUAUCCACGAUUCAUGGGUCGAAGGGAUUAGAGUGGCCAAUAGUUUUUGUUCCAGGAUUGUCAGAUGGUAUAUUACCAGCAAAGUUUGCAAUGGAUACAGGAGGAGAGGAAGCUGUCAAUGAAGAAAGAAGAUGCUUUUAUGUGGCGACUACUAGAACAAAAUUACUACUAUAUAUGUCGUCUUAUAUCGAGCAAGGUGAUAUAGGUAAAUGGGGAAGAAAACCUAUUGAUAGCGUAUCCCGGUUUAUUAGUAAUUUAAACCACACUGGUAUGAUGGAAAGUAAGCAAGGCGCAUUUAAAGAUUGGCAAAUGCUAUCAAAAUUAUACAACAUCGUUAAUAAACCGCUACCCACAGGGCAGGAGUUCAAUUUGAGUCAAUUUAAUAAAGCCUAUGAAUUGCGGUCUAAUACUUAUAUCAAUGGUGAAUCUGAAAUGAAAAUAUCUGAGGAAUCAUUCAAAAAUUGUGACGAAGGGUCAGUCUGUUCGGAUGUAACAGGCUUCAGUAGUGCCAAAAUACAAAUGGCUACCAAGAGAAGUAACGAAAUUUCACAUCAUACAACACAAGUGCCUAAACGUGUGAAAGAGAAGAGUAACCAGUCAAAUAUCAACUCAUUUUUCAAAUCGACUCCAAGUGUACAUACUUCUCUGUCGCGAAUGAAUGUCAACAGUGGCUUAUCUAAAGCAUACCGAGUACCUAUUAUAGAAAAGUCGGUUUCUAAUAAGGCACCUACUAUAUCGAAAAUAGAAAUAACGAAACCUAAGAGCAAUAAAGCACCUCCAUACAUACCAGUUAGGAAGGUACCUUCUUACAUGCUUAAUAGAAGAAAGAAUGUAAAUAACUAG